AUGAAGGCGCUACGCAGCGCAGUAGGGGCCCGUAUCUGCGGGCGCCUUGGUGGCCUUCGUGGCUUCUCACCUCCUGCAGCUAUGCAGCAGCAACAGCAGCAGCAGCAGCAGCAGCAGCCGCAGCCACUGCAGCAACAGCAGCAGCCGCAGCCACUGCAGCAACAGCAGCAGCAGCAACACUCGUCAAUGUGGCUCUCUGUUUCUGGUAGCCGGAUCGGUAUAGCUAGCGCCGCUAGCAGCAGCAGUCUACCGAGCAGCUCCAGCAGCAGCAGCAGCAGCAACAACAACAGCAACAGCAGUAGCAGUAGCAGCAGCAGCAGCAGCGCAUGCAGCAGCAGUAACGGCAGCAGCAGCAGCAGCAGCAGCACAUGCAACGGCAGCAGCAGCAGCAGCAGUUCGCAUGUGUUGGUAGGUGGAGCUUUGCUGAUAGAGGAGCGUCGGGGGCCCCCUGGGGCCCCCCCAGUCUAUACGGUGACCCUGAACCGUCCGCGGCGUCGCAAUGCUUUGUCUCUGCCGCUGCUGCAGCAGCUGCAGCAGCUGCUGUUGUCUAUCGAGCGAGAAGAAGCAGCAAACGCCCUCAUCAUCCUAAAAGGGGCGGGAGAUAAAGUAUUCUGUGCAGAGCAUGCAACACACAAAGAACUGCAGCAGCAGCAGCAGCAGCAGCAGCAAGUGUGCCGGAGACACGAGCAGCAGACGCGGCAGCAAGAUGCCGCCGCAGCAGCAGUAUCAGCAGCAACAGAUCGCAGCAGCAACAGCAGCAACAGCAGCAACAGCAACAACAGCAACGGUGGGGACGUGCGGGCCAUCGCCGCCGGCAGCCCAGAGGCCGCCAUUUCUUUUUUUUCUGUUCAGUAUGCGCUCAACUUUUACCUCGCGCAGGAGCGGGGCCCCCCAGUCGUUGCUCUGUGGGACGGCAUUGUAUUCGGUAAACCCUAA